UUCACACGCUACUCUGUUUCUUACACUCUGAGUUACAGAGAAAUCAACAACAUGAAUCUCGUCAUAAACACGACCACUCACACCACCGGAAUCGGAAUCGGAAUCGGAGCAAAACCCUCAAGAUUCCGAUCAUCAACAUCAUCGUCCCCGCCGCCGGCUGCUCUAAAAAAUUCCUUAUUUUCCUCGAAGCCCCCCGUCGGAAAACCCCUAAUUAUGUCGGCGCCGGCGACCUUAUCCAAACAGUCGUCGUCUCCAUCUGCCCCCUUCGAUUUCGAAACGUACAUGUUUGAAAAGGCCAAUAAUGUCAACAAAGCUUUGGACCAAGCUCUUGUCGUCAAAGACCCCACCAAGAUCCACGAAUCCAUGAGAUAUUCCCUCCUCGCCGGCGGCAAGCGAGUCCGACCAAUUCUCUGCAUAGCUUCCUCCAACCUCCUCGGCGGCCGGGAGUCCGCCGCCAUGCCCGCCGCCUGCGCGGUGGAGAUGAUCCACACCAUGACUCUAAUCCACGACGACCUGCCGUGCAUGGACAACGACGCCGUCCGCCGCGGCAUGCCGACAAACCACAAGGUCUACGGCGAGGACGCCGCCGUCCUCGCCGGCGACUCGCUCCUCGCCUACGCCUUCGAGCAUCUCGCCGUGGCCACCGCCGCCGAAGGGGUUUCGCCGGAGAGAGUUGUCAGGGCCGUCGGCGAGCUCAGCGGCUACGUCGGCGGGAGCCUCGUCGCCGGACAGGUGGCCGACAUUUUCUCUCAGGGGAAAUCCGAUGUGGGGAUCGAACGGCUGGAAUUUAUCCACGUCAACAAAACGGCGUCGCUUCUGGAGGCGGCGGUUGUGAUGGGGGCCAUCGUCGGUGGCGGCGGAGACGGCGAAAUCGAGCGGCUCCGGCGGUUCGCGAGGUGCGUCGGACUGCUGUUUCAGGUGGUGGACGACAUUCUCGACGUGACGAAGUCGUCGGAGGAGCUGGGGAAGACCGCUGGGAAGGAUUUGGUGAGCGACAAGACGACUUAUCCGAAGCUGAUUGGGAUCGAGAAAUCGAGGGAGGUUGCGGAGGAGCUGAGCGAGGAGGCGUUGGAGCAGUUGGCCGGAUUUGAUCCGGUCGCGGCGGCGCCGCUCAUCGCCAUUGCUAAGUACAUUGGGUAUCGGAAUAACUGACACUGGUAAUUAAUGCGUUGCAGAACAGGCCACUGGGAAGAGGAUAUGAGACUUUUGGAGAAAUAAAGCGUGCAACCAUUUUCAUUA